AUAUCCAUCAAAUGGAACACAAUACGUAAUUAUUUUCCUGGUGUAGUGUUCCUAUUACUUGUGUAAUAAUAAUACUAUGGCAAUAAUUACAAAACCAUUUUCCUCGUGAAAGUUAUACCUACCAACUAGCGGAUAAGAAACAACCAGAGCAUAAUAUUUUAGAAUACUAGAAGCGGUUUUGAAGGUGAACGAAUAUACACUGUCUUGUGCUAUCGCGUUAUGGAAACGUUAACAAAAAUAAUAAAUAUUAUAUGGUUUGUUUCCAAGUCAGGUACUUGCAGUACUGUCAAUCAAUGAGUGAUAAGAAAAGUGAUGUUUCAGAUAUAUGUAUUAACAUAAGUCCCUUCUGAACAUGAGCGCCACCGUAUUCCCCGAGCCUACGACCACAACCACCUCCACCAAACCACCCCCCACUAGAACGAAGAUUCCCGUACCCGCCACGCCGCCGCCAAGCCGCCGUUCUAGCGUCCGCGUCCCGAACGACGGUCUGCCGCCGUCCGGUCGUAGCGAUAGCCACCUCCGAUCGCGAGAAGAUCGAUGCCGGUUCGCCGCCCCCCCGUCCCCUUCUGCCGCCUCCGAUGCCGGAAACAAUACGCAGUGCUCGAGCGGGCCCCUGCCGAAGCGGGGGCGGUCGCUGAUGGAUAGAAGCCGCCGCGGGGCGGGAGAUAGGCCCGAAUACCUGAAAUUAGGCGGCGAUGGGGGGACGCUGAAAGGCAGAGAGGCGGUGAAAUCGCCGGCCAGAGUGAGGAGUACGUCUCUUUCACUGUCCACGUCGAGAUCGCAAAGCAACUCAAAGUCUCCAAUAUCGCCAAUAAAUAAUUCAGAAGGAAAAACCUAUUCCACCAGCGGUCUGGACAAUUGGGAUGCGGAAAGCAUCACCAGCAUAGGUAGCAGCCUGGCUUCCUGCGAUCAUGCAAGUGUCGCCAGAAAUGGUACAACAUUUUCCGGAAGAAGUAUGAAGUACAUUUUCCAUUGUAACCAACAGGCGGGAUCGACGGGAGAAGAUUACUUGACCCCAACACAGAGGGCACACAGACAGGUCAAGAAACUCAAAUACUUGUUGCAUCAGGCCACCAAAGAGGUCGAGGAGCGCGACAGCGACAUUUUGAAACUUACCAAAGAAGUGGUCGAACUGAGGUUGUAUAAGGCUGCAUUAGGUUCCCCAGAGGACAAAUCGAAUUCUAGUAGUGAAGAAAUAACUGUGAGAGAAAAAAGAAGUGCCGACGUAACGCCUGGUGAUGAUAGUGUAGUUAGGAACGAAUUCAAUAAUUAUUCUUAUGCUGAUUCCGGCCAUUUCGAAGAUUUCACUACUUCCUCCGUUCAUUCCAAAGAAUCAGAUGAACAGAAAUCGCCCUCUUCCUUUCCUAAAACGGAAACUUGCGAAAGGGCGACAUCGACGGAAUAUUUGGGAGAAAUCAGUGAAGCCGAAUAUAAACAAUUGAUGAAGGAGUACGAGAGGAGAAUCCAAGAAUUAGUUAGGACGCACGAAGAAGAAUCAUUACAAAUGAAACAGAAGCAUAAUGACAGAGUCGAGGAACUACUAGAAAGAAUAACAGAUAUUAAUACAAGGUACUGGCAACUGGUUCCUGAACUGGAAACAGCCAAAGAGAGAAUAAAAGAACUGGAGCAGCGUUUAGAAGAAGCCAGCAAGAAUCUGGAUGAGAAUGACGGUGAUGUAACUGAUACAAAUCAAGGGCAAUCAUCUGGAGCGUUGUAUGAUAGAACUAAGAUAAUCGAAUUGGCUCACCAAAAUUCUACACGAGUAUCUGUCCCAGAAUUGUUGAUGGAGCUGCAGGUGACCAAGAAUGAGUUAGAAAAUAUAAAAGCAAUGUAUAGACAAUUGAUGGAAGCAAAAAGCAAGACCAAAAUAGAUCCGGAAAUAACCUUGCAGUUCCUCAAAUCAGCAGUUUAUUACUUUUUGACUGAUAAAGAAAACAGCCAAGGACACCUGAAGGCCAUCCAGAGCAUCCUUGGAUUCACUUCUAGUGAAAUAUUGAAUAUAGAAAAAGCUAGAUUAACAUAAAUAAUUUAAUAUACUUAUAUAGUGCCUAUAUAAUUAUUUGUUCACAUCAAAUUGUUUCACUUUUAAGAGAUAUUUAAAAUAUAAGUUGAAGGUAUA